AUGUGUGAUUCGGAAGAUGAGGAAUUCCUAAGUGCUUCUGAAGGGGAAUUAUCUGAUAACGAAGACCAGAAAGUUCCAGAAGAUGUAAAACCUGUACAGGAAGAUACUGCCUCAGCUACUGCUACUGCAGAUAGCGAUUCUCUUGCCGAAAGCACGGAUAUAGAAUUGAGUGCUACUAUCAGCAGUACUUCAUGUGCAGAAGAUGAUUGCAUGAAAAGAUCACAGUCAAGCGAGGAUUCUAAUAUUCAAAUCGUGGAUGUUCCAAGUAGCCAAUCUUCUGUUGCUAGUUUGACCGAAGAUAAGAAAAUUCUCCUGAAUGAAAUCAUCAAGGAAGCUGAAGAUUUAGAAAUCUCAAGGAGUAGUGGUAGCCCCCAGUCAGACGAGGACGCUGAACUGAAGUCUGAUACACCAGUUGCUACAUUCGAAGAUACUAAAACGCCUGAACCUGAGGUCCAAGUUCAUGAAGCCGAGGAAGAACAGCAAAAAAAACAGACAGAGAAUGCUUGGCAAGAAGACAAAAAGACUGAAGAAAACGUUGAGGAACCCAACAGUUCCGAUUGGGGCGAUUGGGGUGAUGAGUUCGACACAUCUUCCGAUGUCAAAACAAAAGGCGUUCCCAAUGAGGCAGAAUGGAGUCUGAUCGAUGAAAAGAAGCUUAGGGCUGCUCAAACUUCUGAGGAAAUGAAUAGAGUGUUCGAUAAAUUGAACGAAGUAACUCAAAAACCUAAUCAAGGAUGGGGAUGGGGAGGAAUAGCGUCUGCCAUAGGUGAAACGUUCUCUAGUGCAGUUGAGAACACCUUGGGACUUCCCUCGGCUGAAGAACUAGCCAAGAAAGCUAAAGAAGCGGACGAUGCCAAUGUAGAUAAGAACAAAGAAGAGCAUGCUGAGGAGUCAGCCCAACCUACACAGAAUGACUUGCAAAACCAAGGAGCUGGUUUCGGUUUAUUUUCUGGAAUUCUGAGUGGGGGGAUUGACGUCCUAGAGAACAUUGGAAAGAAAACUUUCGAAGCAGUAACUGUGAAAGAUCCAGCACAAGGUAACCGCCGCUUACGUUUCACGGAAAAUUCUGAUAAUUCUAACCUCUCUGAUAUCUUGAAAGAGAGGAGGGAUAAUGAGGAAAUAGCCAAUUUGAUAUCAAUGGGUGGUGUAGGGUCCACAACAUCGGCAAGCAAAGAUGUGGUUAGCUUAUUCAAGAGGAAUGAUGGCUACUUAAAUUAUGAAACCUUGGAGAUGCUUUCAACCAAAUUGCAAAAACCAGCGUUGGCUUUAGAGGGAAAGUUUCUGGCUGCUAUGAAAGCGAUCAAUACGGAUGACGCUUUUUCUGGAGAGUUUGGCAUCGAGCUGCGGAAAAUAAUUCAACGUAUAGGCCUUCCAUAUGAUCCCCGAGGAUUAGUUUCAACCGAUGAAAGCUUGACCGCUGCAUUAGAUUUCUGUGAUAAUAAAACAUCGGAAGAGUUGUUAGGCGACUGUGUAAAAGCAUUAGUUGAGUUUUUAAAUGCUUCAAUUCAGGUCAUUAGUAAACUAGCUCAGUUGAUGUUACUUCCUGAAACAUCUGUGAAUUGGACGCUGUUCAUUGAUUUGUUCAAACUAUUAGCACAGAGAAUAACUUAUAUAGGAGAUCGCUAUGUGGAAGUACUCAACUUCUACGACGAUAACGCGGAUGCGAACUCUACUUUACUUAAUGUCGAAGUUAGCUCUGCUGUAGAGCUUGUACAACAAGCUUUCCAAUUACUAAUUCCAAUUUUCCCGUCAUAA